UGUUUCCGGUGUUUAGACAACGUGGGACAUUUAACGAAGAUGGACAAGAUACAGAAUGGCUGGUUCAGUGAGAUGAGUGAAUUAUGGCCAGGCCAGGCGAUGUCACUUCAAGUGGAGUCUGUACUUUUUGAUGAGAAAUCAAAAUAUCAAGAUGUUCUUGUAUUUAAAAGCAAAACUUACGGAAAUGUUCUAGUGCUAGAUGGGGUUAUACAGUGCACAGAAAGAGAUGAAUUUUCAUAUCAAGAGAUGCUGGCUCAUCUGCCUCUAAACUCUCACCCUAACCCAAGGAAGGUGCUAAUUAUUGGUGGGGGAGAUGGUGGGGUACUGCGAGAGGUUGUCAAACAUCCAGAGGUGGUUUCAGUCGAAAUGUGUGAAAUUGAUGAGAAAGUUAUAGAAGUCUCCAAAAAGUUUUUGCCAAAGAUGGCCUGUGGGUUUGAUAGCCCCAAAUUGAAGCUACAUAUAGGUGAUGGGUUUGAGUACAUGAAGAAGCACCAAGGGGAGUUUGAUGUUAUUAUCACCGAUUCAUCUGAUCCGAUAGGUCCCGCUUCAAGUUUAUUUGAAAAGUCAUAUUAUGAAUUGAUGAAGAAAGCAUUAAAUCAAACUGGAAUAUUGUGUUGUCAAGGCGAGUGUCUGUGGUUACAUCUUGACCUCAUCAAGUGUAUGCAGGACUUCUGUCAAAGUCUGUACCCAGUAGUGGACUACGCCUACACCACCAUCCCCACGUAUCCCAGUGGUCAGAUCGGCUUCAUCAUUUGUAGUCUUAAUCCUGACACAUCAUUUUCUGAACCACUGAGAAAAUUCACAGAGGAAGAGCAAAUACGAUUGAAGCUGAGAUAUUACAACGCUGAAGUUCACAGAGGAGCAUUCACACUGCCAGAGUUUGCACGCAAGGUUUUACGAAAUUGAUGAUUGGUGUUAGAGCUAGUUACUGACAUAACUCCAUAUGAGAAAUGCUGGACACUGCUAGACACUGCUGGACACUGCUGGUUUCGGACAUGCCACUUCCCUCAGGCUGACCAAGUCUUCAUAGGACCACUGGAUGUCAUAUACACUUAGGAUCAACUUGGAUAUUUUUUUCAAAAAACUAAAUCUUAGACAAGUAAUUGUUAAAAUGGAUGCAGGUUAUAAAGAGAUAUUGUUUCAGGUAUGUCUUAGGGCCAGGCAUGGGCUGUUCCAGAAUUAGCCAUAGGGGACGGGUGGCAGACAUUUUCAGUGGCCCCUCCACCUAAAACAUCACAAAUGUGAUUAAAUGAAAGGAAAGAUAGACAAUAUUUUACUGUUAAAUAUUGUAAGGAGAGGGGGGUUGUAUUGGCUGCUCCGAUUGUACUGAAUAUCUGUACAUUAAAGUUUUAAUCCUACCACCCAUAAUACAUUAAGAUUUGGUGCCUCCCAACUCCCCAACUAUGAUUAAUUAUGUAAAAUCCAUUAUCAGACAUGGUUUUUUUCUGUAGAAUUAUGAUAGUUGUUCUCUGGAUGGUAUUUUCACCCUACCCAUAUCAGCAGGCUUACCAGCUACAAUGACAAGUACUGGUAGUUGCCAUGGACCCUGAAUAGACGAGGUCAUUAGAAUAUCUUCAGUCUUCAUGCUAUGUUCAGUACGAGGUUCUGGAAUGUUUACAAAUGGUCAGAUUGUAUAUUCAACUUAAGAUUAGAAGUAUAGUUUUUUGUUUACUGAUAAUUUAAACCAGUAUUUUCACAUUAAACAUGAACCCUGCCUAUAUAUGUCCUAAGCAAUCUUAAGGUCAGGGCCAUUUCAUUUUCUCCUAUAUAUGUCCUAAGUAAUCUUAAGGUCAGGGCCAUUUCAAUUUCUCCUAUAUAUGUCCUAAGCAAUCUUAAGGUCAGGGCCAUUUCAAUUCCUCCUAUGAUAAAAAAUUGACAAAUUUGUCACAGAGGUUUCACUUUCAAUGAGAAUUAGAGAUCAGUGAUUAGACAGAGCAAUAAAUUCUGCUGUUUGCUACGACACAUUAAAAAACACAUUGAAGUUGUCCUAAUGGUUUUCUUUGUACAGUGUAUUUAAAAAUGUUAUCAUAGGCUUAUAAACUGUCUUACCAAUAUAACUCAGGAUUUCAUGUUUAAAUGUAUGUAAGAUGUCGUGUGAACAAGGUACAUGUAUUUUAGUGUUUGGAAAAGAAAUUAAUGGUUGAUUAUUCUGCUAUGUAUGUGAUCCAAGAUUAUUGUGUUACAUUUGUAUCAAUUACAUAUUAUUUAUUUCUUUGUUUUUUAAACUUCUUCACAUUAACUCUCAAUAAAUAUGAAGAUUUUGAAAAAUUCAAAUUCAUACCAAGAUUUUGAGAAAAUUUAUAAGGUUUAUAUAGUGAAUACGAUGUUUUGAUUGACCCAAAGAUAAUAUAGUGGGUUGAAAAUAUUUGUAUGCACAACAACUAUAUUGUAAAAAUAAAUGUUUGCUCCCUUUUCAUUAAAAAUUUGUGCAAUUAAAAUCAAAUGGGUUUUUUUCUAUUUUGGAUUUGUUAAGUAUUAUUAAUUUUUUGUUUCCACUCAGUGUAAACAUGUGUGGGUCAUGUGUAUUUGAAAAAUCUGCAACAUAAAUUGAAUGUGGUCGGUAAUGUGUGUACGUCUAUCACAUUCUACAGUAAACAACUAAGGUAUAUAUAUACAUCAUGUGGUAUCUUACUCCUAUGCUGUUUUUGUGUUGGAGUUGUCUCCCAUUAUUCUUAACGGCUUUUAAAUACUUACAGAAUUUCUUCAAUGGUAGUGUUGUGAACAUGUACUUGUAGAGUGGCCGAGCCGAUUUCUCUGUAUGCUUGGUGAGCAGGUCGUCUCGCCCGAAGGUGAUGAGCUGUCGUGUGUGACAAUAUUGAGUGUAGUUAACACAGGGUCGAGCCACUGUACCGACAUAUUUUGUGUACUGUUGGUCUGAUCGUAGAUUACACUCCCCGUUGCAGGCAGACAUUAAGAUUAACAUACAUUUCACUUGUUUCUACAGUACCAAUAAUUCAGUGUUCUGUACCAUAUAUAUACCAUCCGAGCCCAAAUCCAUAUAUUAUAUUGGGUAGAACUGUCAGAAAGGCUAUACAGGGAACAGAGGACAGGUAGCAUAAAUCCUAACUUAAUGAGGUACAGUUAAAAACAAGCAUCUUUAUAACAUGAAUCGAGGGAUCCUCGAGUGAUUAUUAGUCCUUCCACCAGUAGAUCUACCGGUAUCCUAUUGGUGUAUUCGAGCUAUAUAGAUAAAUAAAUGUUUGGUUGGUAAACUGCAUAUGACCUUAAAGAAAAGUACCAAAGAAAAGAAAUUGUGAUGAACUUGUACAAAUGGACAUUAAAAUAUUACAAUGCA